AUGACUUUUCUGCCCUUUGUGUCGCUGGCUGCCGUCUUCUCGGCUGCGACGGCCACGGCCUCCAUUGCUGGCGCCAACAGCGACAGCGCAACUCGGUAUUUGAACUCGACUAGCUUGCCUCGGCAAGCUCAAAUUAUUGACAGUGCCGAUUUUGCGUCGAUUGAAUCGGUUGCGCCGUCAAGUGAAUACAAUGGCAUAACUGAAUGGGUGCCGCCUGGCACCACACGACAGGGGCUAAAGGACCGCCCAUUCCUCGUAUUCGACCCUGAAUUUCUGGAAAUUAUUGGUAGUGACCCGAAACUUGCAAUCAUUGCCGAGACUGAAAAGGAUCCCUUAUUUCACGAAGCUGUCGUCUGGAUUCCUGCGACAGAUGAAGUCUUUUUUGCGCAAAACGCUGGAGCUCCGGAUGCCGGAACCGGGCUCAACAAGUCGUCCAUUGUCCAAAAGGUGUCCGUGUCGGAGGCGCUGCAGGUUGCUUCUGGCAACAAGACUGGCCAUGUCAAAGUCGAGACUGUCUCCUCUAACCCGCCAGUGAUUAAUCCUAAUGGCGGAACCAACUAUAAAGGAAAUAUUCUCUUUGCAGGUGAGGGUAUGGGCAACAAGACGGCCUCUGCUCUUUAUUCUGUCAACCCCCUGCCGCCCUACAAUGCGACAAUUCUCGUAAACAACUAUUACGGUCGGCAGUUUAACUCGCUAAACGAUAUUGGAGUCAACCCCCGCAAUUCGCACAUUUACUUUACAGAUCCUCUUUACGCUUACUUUCAGGACUUUCGGCCGCCACCGGCUUUGCCUGUUCAGGUGUACAAGUUCAACCCAGAGACAAAGGCCAUUCAGGUCGUCGCCAGCAUUACCUUUUCUCCCGACGGCGAAUUCGUCUACGUCACUGACUCGGGAGCACACCACGGCUUCCGUGGCUUUGAUCCAUCCCGUCCCUCAACCAUCUACCGAUUUAAUGUUGCCGAAGAUGGCACCUUUGAAAACCGAAAGACCUUUGCCUUUGUCGACAAUGGAGUCCCGGAUGGUAUUCACUGUGAUAGCAAGGGCAACGUCUAUGUUGGAUGCGGAGACGGAAUCCAUGUUUUUAACCCAUCGGGCAAGCUUCUAGGCAAGAUCUUUACCGAUGGCGGAGCAGCCAACUUUCAGUUUGUCGGGAAUGGAAAGAUGAUCAUUUGCGCCGAGACACGACUCUACCUGGCGCUGAUUGCAGCCAAGGCGGCCCCCAUUCAUUGA